AUGCAACGCCUCGAUUUUAUCAUGGAACAAAAAUACAAUAGAGAUAAAAACUAUUAUAUAUUCGAAAGUUCAACGAAUCCUGAUAUUGCUCUAUCUGCUGAUUAUCGAAAUAAAUUGUCUAGUAUUUAUGCUAAUGUGUUAGAAAAACUGUUAAUUGUUGAUUUGGCACUACAUGGAUUCCAGUAUAAGAGUACAACAGCGAAAUCAAACGGAGGUUCAGUAACACAAGGCAGUUACUUUUACUACUUUACUGUGGCGACUUAUAUUGAAUCAGCAGCAUUACCACGAGGUAUGCUAACGAUUCUAUUAAAUCGUAUACCAAACACAUGGUCUUAUCCUGAUCCACAUUUUUCUCCAACGAUACCAAUGGGGACUCCGGAUGACUUUUUUGAUUAUUCGAACCCAACAUCAACAGUUAACAUUAUUGUUCGAAAACUUUUCAACUCGUUUGAAAUGUUUGAAGAUUAUUUACAUGAAACAUUAGAGAAAUAUAAUUUUCAACGAACAAACUAUACUUCUCCGUGA